CCUUCCCUGGCGCUGGUCUCCUCCUCGGCGCCCGGGCUCCCUACCUUAUGUCUUCUAGCCGUACAGGAGGUAGCGUGGCAGUCGGCAGCUGCGCGAAUGUGUUCUGGUCCUGGCCGCGGUGGAGCCGGCGGCGUGCCUGGAGCUGCGAUCGCUGUCGGGACGUUGUGGAAGGACGUGUGUGCGAAGUGCGGGCGGCGCUUACUCGGCGACGGGCAGCGCUGCCUGCAGGCGGUCGUACCAUGGGGGGCUCACGUGCUCACCAAGUCCAAGUGUGCAACCACUGCGGGACGGUGUGGGGCCGCGACGUCAACUCCGCAACCAACAUCCGGCACGCGCUGGUGGAGAUGCUGCUGGGGCACAAGCGACCUGCAUCGCUGCAGACUGGCGGCGGCAGCGGCGGGGGCGGCGGGGGCAGCGGCAGCGGCGGCAGCGGCAGCGGCGGCGGCGCGUGCGCGCAUCUUGGUAGCGGAGGGGGCGGGAAAGGCCACGUGGAGGAGGAGAGCGCAGCGCCGCCCAAGAAGCGGCGCAAGCGCGCAGGCUGAGGAGCCGGCUGGCGGUGUCUAGGUAGCGGUCCGCGGUGGGGCUGGCAGCGCAUGCGUAGCGGCAUGACAAGCAGUGUGGCUGUUGACCACUGUGCUGCGUCUGGCUGAGGUUGGCUCUGCCGUGGCAUCGCGAUUGCUAGGCACCUGGUUUGGCUAUGUGCCUGUGGAAACCGACCCCGGCUAUGUCCAGGCGAUGAGGUUGUUCGGCCUCAGAGAGUGGAGGGGCUCAGCCCCUUUUCCCGUGACCGGCGAACACUUGUCUCGUUGCGGGAACCCUGGCCGAGGCCACGGGAUGGGGUGAUGGGCGUGUGGGGCGUGUGGGGCGUGUUCCGAGCUGUCGCGGUGCGUCGGCCGCGCAGCUCACCCCGCCUUGUGGCGGUUGGGGCCUCGUCGUCGCUAGUUGUUGGCGUUGCUGCCGCUGUCGUCGUUCUUCUUUGUUUGCGGUUGUUCGCUGCCUCGUGCGCUGCGCUCGCGCGCUGUUGGUGUGUGGCGGUGGCUGGUCGUGGUGCGCGCGGUGCGCGCUGCGCGCUCGCUUGCGGCGUGAGCUGUUCUGCAGUGUAAGUGCCCUCGGUU